AUGCCUCGAUCCAAAAGAUCCAAGAGUUGUGGCCAUUCAGAUAGGGAAACAGCGAAAGAAGAUGACAUUCAAACAAGGGUAGAAGAAGUGCAGGAAGAGACAAUUGAAACGGAAGAGGAGGUCAAUGACGAGCAGAGCCAAGGUGAAUCGGGAAACAACUUGAGAUUAAGGAAGAAGCGUUGGGUCAUUCUCUUCGGUUUGUUCUUUGUGUCUUUUUUGGAAAAUGGCAUCAUCAGAUCCAUUGCCCUCAUCCUGGACGAUCUCACUAAGGAGUUUGACAUCACUGCCGCCCACCUUGGCACUCUUCUUGGACUUGUAUUCGGUGCACCUCACUAUCUGGGAUGGUUGAACAUCCCUCUCCUACGAAGAUUCUCGGUCCGGCAGCUCGUUAUGUUUGGAGGGACGGUGUCAACCCUUGGACUCGUAACAUCUUCGUGGGCUCAAACAGCCAUCCAGUUUUCAGCUGCAAUGUCAGCAUAUGGGAUCGGCAACAUAUUGAUUUUGGUUCCAACAAACACUUGCCCAAAGGAUUACUUCCCUAAGCUGGUAAUGAUCGCAACCGGUAUUCUGUUAUCCGGAGGAAGCAUGGGUGUUACGGUGAUGCCAUGGUUCUUUAGAGAACUGCUUGUCGAAUAUGGUUGGAGGGGCUCUCUUUUGAUACUUGGUGGAUUAAACGCACACCUUGUUGUGGUAGCAUCCUUGCAGGAACCAAUGAAAAGGAUGGAUUCUUCCCAGGACUCGGACAAGAAAAGCCCAUCCUCAUCACGUGCUGGUGAAAAUGAAAACGAAUUAUCAAGUUCGGAUGAUUUAUCAAGAUCCCAUAAAUAUUUACAUACAGUUACAAAUACUGCGGCAUCUGAACCUUCUAAAGGUCAGCUAAGCUUUAAUGAUGAUGAUGGUGGACAAACGGAUGGCCAGACUGUCAAGACUCGGAGCAUUAUUUCCAAAGGGUUCAAAACUACGACAAGAUUCAUUGGUUUAACAAUCUUCAAAGAUCACCCUCUCAUGGCCUUGCUUUGCCUGCAAGCUUUCGUUUUUGGCCUCUCUUACAUCGGUUGGCUGCUAUACAUUGUGCCCAAUGCCCUCGCUAAAGGCCAUUCUAGUCAGAAAGCAGUCCAAAUAUCGAUCGUAGGAGGCGCUUUUAACUUCAUAGGUCGUUUGGGGAUCGGCUUCUUCUGGUCCCGAAAAUACAUUAAGUUUAAACUCUGGUACUCUCUGAUAUGCCUCCUGUCGGCGGCUCUCUUCUGGAUCAACUUUGUCGCGCAACGUUUCGAGAUUCUGAUGGUCUUAUCUGCGUUCUAUGGUGUAUUAAUGGGUGCCCUCGUGACAUCUCAAUUUCAGUUAGUGAUGAAUGUCGUUGGUGAAGAUUCCCCUGAUGAUUAUAAGACUGGAAUGUCAAUAUUCUUCAUAGGACGUGGCCUAAGUAGUCCGAUUGCAGGAGCAAUAUUUGGUCGUCUGUAUGACAUUACUAAAUCAUACGAUAUAUCGUUUGUUUUUAUAUCGGGAUUGAACGUCCUCAACGCGUUCCUGUGUAUAGCUCCAUUAUGUUGGUCUCGAUGGCGACAACGGAAAAGAUUGCGAAUUGAUGUAAUUGAAUAGUAAGAUAAUAUUGAUAAUCGAUGGAGACAUGAAAUCAGCUGGGCCGACUAUCUUAUCUGCUAGAAAUUGACGUGUCUAAGAUUACAAGCAUUCAGUUAUGCUAACAUCCGUACGCAACUGUUCUUCCAUUUCACAUCAUCAUGGAAUAUUACGGUAUAUAUACAGUUUUCGACUAUAUAUAGUUAUUUGUUCUUUGCAGAGUUAAUCCGAUAUUAUGAUUAUUUUGUAUACACAAUACAAAUGAAUGCAUGAAGGCCACUCUUAACAAGGUCUCUAAAGACAUUCAUUGUGUUGAAUGUUUUUUGUCCAAUCAAAAUAAUAAGUAUCAAAUAAUUCGAACGACCUUUAGACAGCACAAUGCAUAUCUUUAUAUUUUAUUUGAAUGGUGAAUAACUACUCAUUCGAAAUUAUUACCAAAUGUUUAUGUGAUGUAGUUUACGACGAAAUACAUGUAUGUUAGAUUUAGAUUAAAAAAUGAUAUAAUCGAAGUAACAGUGCAAAUACAUGUUCAAAAUAAUACAUACAGUUCAAUGACAUUUCAUAACAAAUAUUAAAGUUGAAUUAACUGACUUGCCAAGAAAAGCAGAGCUUGUAAAAAAGGCAAGUCCCUGAACUUAGUUCCAAUACUAAUUAACAUAACCUAUGUACAAGAGACGGACGGAAAACGAACUUAAAAUACGUAAUCUACAAAAUACCAAAAUAGAGCGAAUAAGCGACAACAAAACAUGAAAAUAAUUAUUUUACUGAUAACGAUAAUAAUGAUAAAUUUUAGGGAGAAAUUAUAAGAGGGGAAACUGAAAAUGAAAAGAGGAACAUGGCAAGUACACAGGUUAUUAACACUGUAGUUACAUUAUUUAGAAUAUACAAUAUUUGACAAAUGUAGUUACAGUUAUAUGUUAGCUAGAUUUGUUGGUGUGGAGUAUUGACAAAUUAGCAUCUUUUAAAGUUUGCGCUUGAAAAUAUUAAUGUUACUAAUAUCAUUGAUCAUAUUUUAUAUUCAGGUUGAAUAGUGCCAUUAUGAAAUCCAUUAUACAAUGUAUUGUAGCUCACAAGUAUGUUAAUUUCAAUGUAUAAAAGAUGAAUAAUAUGCAAUUGAAAUGACAAUGUCGUCUUCAUAAUGGUACCAUAGUAUCAUAUACAUUACAUUUAUGUGGUAUUCCAUGUUUACAUUGAUAAUUUUUUUAGGUUAAAUACAAGCCAUGUAGGCAGCUACCGAUACAUUUUUACAGAAUAGUAUGAAGUGCUUGUUCCUUUAUUGUUGCAGGUGCAUGAUAUCUUUAUUGGAGUGGCCGCACAAAAAAAUCAUCACAUCAAAUUUUGUUUAAAUAUUAUGUUCCUGAAAUGUAAUACAGAUCUCAAUAAACGUAAAUGAUAUACGCAUUAUGCAUGUGUUCUGUCUCCUUGCAAGUCUCUGGUUACAGUAGGCCUAAACUACACAUCUACAUACAUCACAUUUUCUCCAGCAUCCGAAAUUCAAUUAGAAUGAAGAUAUCUUUGAACUAAACAAAAAGAAUUUUGCUUUAAUUCGAAGAAGAAAAUCGGGUAAAUGUAGUUUGUAUUAAGACUCACAACACAGUUGUGAAAUAUUAAAAAGAAUUUAGCAUCAAGAUUCUUUCCUUAUUUUUCAAUUUGCCUUCUCAAAUGGACAAUAAAAUGAUAUAUAAUUAUGACACUAUAACAUUAAGUGAAAGAAAAGUUACAUAUCACUUGAUAUUUGUAAUAUAAACAUCAAACAAUUAUUGAAAUUAGAUUUUCGACGUUUUAUUCGUUUACAUUACGAAAGGAAACAGAUGACCUGAUAAGGCUUUCACAAAAUGGCUGCCUAUUUCUAUUUAAAGAUUCGCAAUACAGGUCUUAUACUACUGAAAUAAAGUUCUUCCAAGAAGAACUUGGAUAACAUUAGCGACGAGAAAAAGAAAUAUAAAGUUACCAUAGGCGUCUUCCCGACGUUUUCCUCUCAUAUUGCCGAAAUUUCGACAGAACACAGUAUCGCCUAGCUAUGACCUAUUUUUUUUUCAACAUUUAAGACAGUAACAUCGUUUAUUAACUCUUCAUUCGAUGUUGAUAUUUAGAUAACCCUUUUACAUGUUACUCCACAAUGAUGAUGAUGAUGAUCCAUUUUUACUGUUAUAUAACCUUAACAUUGUGUUGAAAUUAAGUCGAUAAUAUUACUGCUGACAUGUAAUUGAUUUGCAUAGUUUAUCUCGUUUGUAAACUUCAUUCCUUUUGUAAACAUUCAUGGACCAAAUGAAUGUCAAAAUUCCCAUCUUGAGAUGUUUUUUUUUCAAUGUAUUCAUUCAUUAAUUUGAUUUGAAAAAUUGUCUUUAAAAAGACAUAAUCUCGCCAAAAAUACAACCCCUUUCAUCAAUACCUUAUGACCCGAUGAGCCCUUUUAUCCGGCAGUACCAUUAUAUACAGUACUUCCAGCCAAUUAAUAUUGGCUGAAAGAUUAACGUUAAAUAACAGCAACGUUAACAAGUUGUCAGACAUUUCUGACAACUUUUAAGAUUACAAAUGUUGAUGAAAUGCUCCUCAGAAUAUAUUUAAUAGUAAGUUGCAUGUGCCAGCUAC